AUGGGCGGACAAUCCUCUUCCAGCGCUCCGAUCCACGAUACGCCUAUCCUCGGCUUCAAGACGCGGCCGCGCGUGCAGUCCGCGCAAGAAUGGGGCAACGCGACGAACUUCUGGGUUGAAUACCCGUCCGGCCUCGUUGAUCUGACGCGCACAACGCAUCUCCCGGCUUCAUCCACCGAGCCCGACCUCAAAUCCGGCCAGCUCGACCUCCCCGUUGACGGCGACCGCACCGUCCGCCUCGACCCCUCAAAGACAGCCUACGUGAUAGUCGACAUGCAAAACUUCUUCCUCCACCCCGACCUACGCGCACACCCCACAGGCCUAGCCUGCGUCGACCCCCUCCUGACCUCCGUCCCCGCUCUCCGCUCCAAGGGCAUCACACCACUCUGGGUCAACUGGGGCCUCACGGACGCCGAGCUCAACACACUCCCACCAUCCCUAAUCCGCGGAUUCGCGCGCCCCGAACGCGCGGGUGGCUUCGGCGGCGUUAUGCCGGGCGACUGGGGAAGACUGUUGAUGAGAGGGGAGAAGAACAGCGAGUUGUACGGGCCGUUGCAGAAGCUGUAUGAAGAGGGCGAGAAGGAGGGGAAGGAUAAGUGGGUGCAUAAGAAUAGGAUGAGCGGGAUUUGGGGCGGGCAGAGUGCGUUGGAUUUGGUGUUGAAGGAGAUGGGUGUUACGACGUUGUUGGUUGCUGGUGUCAAUGCUGACCAGUGCGUGCUGGGGACGUUGAUCGACGCGUACUACCUGGGGUACGAUGUCAUCGUUGUGAGCGACGCUACGGCCACGACGUCGCCAGAGGGCGGGUAUGAGAAUGUCAUCUAUAACGCGGGCGGGAGCUAUGGAUUCGUUACGGACAGCAAGCGGAUCGUUGAGGCUGCUUCAAAGGCCUGA